AUGUUCCAAAAUGUACCUGAAAAAUUUCGUCAGAAUCAUCGCUCAUACGCUUGUAUAUCGAAAUCAAUUUUACCCACCAGUUUAUUGCAAUUAUUUAUGCAAAAUACCAAAGAGAGAAAAGAAAUGCCAUCGAUCAGUGAAAAACCUCGCAUUGUUUACAUUCAUUCGAAUUUUGACAUUCAACAAUAUUCAACUCAAUAUGAACUACAGAGCGAACGCAAAUGUUUGUUCUUUCUCAAUAUAAUCAACCCGUUCAAAGAUGAAUUCAGUACAACCAACGAACACUUGCAUCAAACUAUAGUGAAAAUCUUAUUGAAACAUCUAAAAGCAGAGAUACGUUCACAAUAUAACUGUUGGCCAAUGUAUAAUAUUCCUUCAUCGUCACUAUCAUUGAAAUAUCUUUACACAACAAAUGAAACUAAUAAACAUAUUUACCCAUCAGAUAUUAUUUGCAAAGAAUAUUGUCAUCUUCAUGGUAUUUGCUGGCAGUCAAUUAAAAGCGAUAAGUCUUUGUAUGAUAAAAUGCGCGAGUAUUUGAACAACUUUCGUCUGGAAAUCAUCGAUGCCCUCAAUGAAACAAAAACUCGCACAUCAAUUGACGAACAAUAG